GUAAGGUGUGGAGUGCGCCGGAGAGCAUGCCGCCAACUCCGGGGUAAGAUCCCAUGUGCGUCGAAGAUGCCCGGGAUAUUCGGGACGGCAUCAGAACAAUUGAAUCCAGUUGCUGAUGGGGUUUUAUUGUUAUGCAUUUCACGAAAAUGAACUCAAAGGAAGAAAUUUCUGACAUCGGCAAAGCAUAGAUAUUUUCUGACGAUGGCUUGGCCCUUGAAAAGUGUACUUCUGGUGGCAAUUGUUAUGAGGCAUGUCGGCAUACUUAGUGGGAAAGGAAGCGUUUUCAGAGCCAAUGAACAAUACAGCUCAAAUGAAUAUGAGGGUAAAAAAGUGGUACGGUUCGGAGCCAUCCUGCCCAAAACAUCUCUCAUCACAGUUUCGAGACAGUAUAACAAGAAAAUUACCGACUCCGUGGAUGCAUUAACAAAAGGUAGGAACGCAAGAUUCAAUUUCUCAAAGUACGGAAUGAGUCUGAAGCCUUUGAUAGUUCCACUGCCACUGGAUCCCAGCCCAACUGUCGUGCUCAAUGCCCUUUGCAAUGAAAUGCUCCCUGAAGACGUUAUUGCCAUUUUAUACCUGACGAAUGCCGAAGUUUAUGGAAGCAACGCUGCAUCCGCUCAAUAUCUCCUGCAAUUGACUGGGUACUUGGGAAUUCCGGUUAUAGCCUGGAAUGCAGACAAUAUUGGCCUUGAAAAGAAUCAGAGGCUUCCUGAGUCUCAGGUCCUUCAGUUGGCGCCGUCCGUAGAACACCAGUCCUCCGCAAUGCUUAGCAUACUCAGACGAUAUUCCUGGCAUAAGUUCGCUAUUGUCACUAGUCAGAUCGGUGGCCACGACGACUUUGUACGUGCUGUGAGAGAUCAAGUGCUUGCUAUUAUCGACUUUAAAUUUACAAUAAUGGAUAUCUACACCCUAAAAGCUCGACAUGCUGACGAAGCACGUGCAGAAAUUGAAGAUCUGGCCAACAGUGAAGCUAGAGUAUUUUUAUUAUAUUGCAACAGGCAGGAAGCAAUGUACAUAAUGAGGGCGGCGAACGAACUAGAGCUCACCGGGAAAAAUUAUGUUUGGAUAGUCACGCAGUCUGUGGUAGGUCCAGCUUUCGACAACACUCCGCCACCACCAGAUUUUCCACCUGGACUAUUAGGUAUCCAUUUUAAUACCACGAUGACUCGAUUAAUGGAAGAGAUUGAGCGAUCAGUGAAAAUAUUCGUUUAUGGAUUGGAACUUUUUUUGAAGGAUCCCCAGAAUCACAAUAUGACUUUGGCUCCUCGAUUGAACUGCAGUGCAAACAGCGAAAUCCGAUGGAGUCAAGGUGAACAUUUUUUUAAAUAUCUUCGAAUGGUUAGCAUAAAAGACAAAGGUGGAAGAGCAGAUUUGGAAUUUAAUCCGGAUGGCACUUUGAAGUACGUCGAACUUGAAGUUAUGAAUUUGAACAACAUGGGGUUUUGGGAAAAGAUUGGCGUUUGGACAGAAGAUGGACUAGAUAUAAAAGACAUUGUAUGGCCUGGGGGUUCUCCUGUUCCACCACCUGGAGUUCCAGAAAAAUUCAACAUGAAAAUAACAUUCAUGGAAGAACCUCCAUACGUUAAUCUUGUUCCACCAGACAAUGAGACGGGAGAAUGUGAAACGAGUAGAGCGGUUCGAUGCAGAGUGGCGCCAAGAUCUGCAUUUGAAAGUGGAAACGUUUCACACGCUGCUAGAAAUUCAAAUUACUUCAUGUGCUGUUCUGGUUUUUGUAUCGAUCUGCUCCAGAAGUUUGCCAAUGACUUAAGAUUCAGUUACGAUCUAUAUCGUGUAGAAGAUGGAGUUUGGGGAGUUCACGAAAACAACACGUGGAAUGGCUUGGUAAAAGAGAUCCUGGAUGGCAACGCAGAUAUGGUGGUUACCUCAAUCAAAAUAAACUCAGAGCGUCAAAAAGCGGUCGAUUUCACCGUCCCCUUUAUGGAAACAGGAAUUGCAAUUGUCGUCGCCAAGAAGACGGGCAUCAUUUCCCCUAAAGCCUUUCUCGAACCCUUCGAUACAACGUCCUGGCUUAUGAUCCUUUUGAUUAGUAUACAAGUCGCCGCGUUUGCAAUUUUCUUCUUUGAAUGGCUAAGUCCCUCAGGCUAUGACAUGAAAAUGUUACCCCCCAGAGAGCACCGUUUCUCGCUGUUCCGCACGUACUGGCUGGUGUGGGCCAUCUUGUUCGGCGCAGCGGUCAACGUGGACUGCCCGAGGGGUUACACGGCCCGCUUCAUGUCCAACGUCUGGGCCAUGUUCGCGGUCGUCUUCCUGGCCAUCUACACGGCCAACCUCGCCGCCUUCAUGAUCACCAGAGAGGAAUUCUACGACCUGACCGGUAUAGAGGAUGAGAGGCUGUACAAUCCAAGGAAGACAACUCCACCGUUCCGUUAUGGGACAAUCCCCCAUGGGAACACAGAAGCGGUGCUGCGUGUUAAUAAGCCUGAACUUUACAGUUACAUGAAGGCAUUCAAGAAGAAAACCGUCCUUGAAGGAAUCAAAGCAGUCAAGAAAGCGGAACUGGAUGCUUUUGUGUACGACGCUACAGUUCUUGAGUAUUUAGUGGGUCAAGAUAACGAAUGUCGCCUCCUCACUGUUGGUUCCUGGUAUUCCAUGACGGGAUACGGAUUCGCUAUGCCAAAGAAAUCUAAGUACCUCCACAUGUUUAAUAGGAAAAUGAUUGAAUAUAGAGAAAAUGGUGAUAUAGAGCGACUGCAACGCUUUUGGCUACAGGGUGUGUGCAAGCCACAAAACCAGAAGCGAAAUGCCAGUAAUCCUCUGGAUAUAAACCAGUUCAUGAGUGCCUUCUUGCUACUUGGUUGUGGAGUUCUUUUCACCUUGAUGCUUCUUGGUCUCGAACACAUCUACUUUCUUUACGUUCGGAAGCAUCUAUCCAAGAAGGAUGACGGUGGAUGCUGUACUCUCAUCAGUUUGAGCAUGGGCAAAUCCUUGAGCUUCCGUGGUGCUGUGUAUGAGGCUCAGGACUUGAUCAAGCACCACCGCUGCAAGGACCCUGUCUGUGACACGCAGCUGUGGAAAGUCAAACACGAGCUUGACAUGGCGAGAAUCAAAAUCAGAAAACUAGAAAAUUACAUUCGGCAUUUAAGAGUGAAUCCUCCCAGCUCAGCAGCAGCUGUUAAUCAAACAAGAGAUCUUACAAAAAAUCAUUUUGUGACUAACGAGCCUAUCAAGAAUGCUUUGCCAAUGAUAGCGCAAGAUAGUCUGACGCACUGGCAGCCAUCCUAUACGGAGAUCGCAGAAAUUGAGACUGUGUUAUGAUCUCAUUUAACUUGUAUCCAUUUAUGAGCAUGGCGUGAAUGAAUAUAUAUAUACUUUCUUCUCACUUGUUAUGGCAUGCAUGUGUAUAUAUUAAAUUAUAACAAUAUUUAUGAAUAAAUUAAG